ACUGACAAUAGCUCUCUGAACAGCUCUCCAGACCGGACAGCAAACUUAGUAAUUUUCAUGUUUACAAACUAAAUCAACUAAUCAAAAAACAUCAGACAAAAGGACAGAGAGUGAAAGAGAGGCUGUCUUUGGAAGCACAUGUAUUCGUGUUCUCAGUGAUUUCUACCUUUGUGCAAAGACACACACAUUCAUCAUGUUGCUCUCUGAGACAUCUUUGGUGCUGCUGAUGGUUUGCGGCACUCAGGCUUCACAUUUUUUAGGCACAGUCAUGACCUACUACCCAAAGGACACUUUUGAAAACGGAUCUGUCACAGUGACCGUUCGGUAUAAACUGAACUUCCACACAGCUGCCUGCACAAAUGAUGAAACAUGGAAUUGCCUCAGUGGUGAUUGUGGGACUGGAACCUACACUCUACAUGUGGUAAAACAGGAGAGCAGUGGAGACUGGUGUCAGAGAGAGGGAAUCAUGACUCGACAGGUUCCCAGCAACGCUCCGUUUGAACUUCGGUUGGAGGGUAGUGAGUGGAUAUCCAACGUCAAAAAUGGCAUUUCAUCAUGGAGAGCUGUGACUCGGGUGGAACUGAGGAACCGGUCCGACACCGGCAAAGCCAACACAUCACCUCAGACCACCAUCCUACCAGCUGUGGGAGUUCCUUCAAACUGUCAGAGAGAUUUCAGCCUGUUGAUGUUUGACCCUGAUGGAGACGAAGUUAAAUGCAGAUAUGGAAACUCUGCACUCUCAGAGUGUAACCCCUGCACUCCACCGUCUGUCCUCAGCCUCUCAUCGUCGUCUUGUACUCUGUCAUUCAGCCCCACCAGCAGCAGUAAUGAAGGUUCGUAUGUAGUACAGCUGGUGAUGGAGGACUUCCCCAGACAGACCAUCACUCUGACUCAAACCAACGGGACACAAACAACAAUAACUACCAACGAUGCCAUCAGCAAAAUACCGAUUCAGUUUGCUUUGAAAGUUGAUCCUGCAGUGCCAUCCUGCACAGAAGGACUCUUUCUGCCCAAGUUUCUUCCUCCAACACCAGCCAACGGAGCUCAGCUCUACAACGUCAGUCAGACUCUGGAAAUUCACAUCACUGCAGAGGCACUUAACUCCAUGGUCUCUGAGCUGCUCUACAGCGGGCCGUACAAUUUAAUCAGCAGUCCAUCAGGACCAGGACAGUUCACCCUGAGAUGGACACCAUCUGAAAGAGAAGAAGGACAAAGCCUCCCCAUCUGUUUUGCUGUCCAGGCAGUUUCUCGUGGGACCAAGUAUCACUCAGAGCUUCGAUGCGUCACUGUGACCGUUGUAAAAGGACCAGUAAUAACCACAACACCCGAAACGACUACACCCAGUGAACCAUCUUAUGUUCUCAAAUUGAAGAUUACCUCUUUGGUGGACUUGUCAAAAAUUGAUAGAAAUGACUUACUUACACAGAUCAAAAAUGUGCUGAUAUCCAACGGACUGCCCCAAGACAUGAUCAUACGACUCAUGAGCAGCAAACCACAGAUUGGUGCAAUUGCAGCGCCCUCUACUGGCACAACAUGAACAUCUACUGACAACUUGUGGAACAUUUUAAUUUCAUCUGCUGAAUGAAGUUUUGUCUUCACUGUUCUUUAAAUAACUUAAGAGUAGAUUUUAAAAGCAAAAAUUUAACCUGAUUUUUCACUGCUAUGAUCUAAAAUUAAGUAAUUUGUACUGUGUUAUUUUUUACUAUCCUCAUUUUAUUUUA